AUGGGAAGCUCCAGCUCCGCCAAGAAGUCCCCGCGCGCGCGCGCGGAGCAGAAGGCGGAAAAAACUGCGAGCAAACGGAAAAGCUCCUUGGGGAAAGCUGACGGGGCCAAUGCGGAGGCGGGCGGAAGUGGAGAAGGUGUUGGCGGAGCGGUUGGUUCCGCGAAGCGGCGGAAAGUUGCGCGGAUGGCGGAAGCGACGGCAGAAGGCGCGGCAGAGAGGUCCGCCGGAGCGGUUUCCGCCAAAGGCGAACGGAAGAACGACAAUGGCGACGUGGGCUCGGGGGAAGGGGACGAUUCGGGUUAUAUUCUUAAAGGAAUUUCUCUAGACGAGGACGUAGACGCGUUAGUCGCGGAGCGGGAACGAGCGUCGAGGAAGCGUCUCGGAAAAUCCGCUAAGACCGCCAAGAGAGGGAUUAAUGAGUCGAAUAACGAGGUAACGAAGGAUAAAAAGAAGGGAAAUGCUAAGAAGGGGCGUGCGGAACGAUCAAAUGCGGAGCCCGCGGGGAAAGCGGGGGAAGCGGGGAGAGCCAGGGGAGCGGAAGAGGCAAGGCGGGCGAGAGAGGCGGGGAUGACGGAGGCGCAGCGGCAGGAGGAGAGGGAGAAGGAAGCGCUGAAGGCGCAAGGGUACAAGGAAGACGAUUUCAAGGUGUCAGCAGCAAUAGCGCUGGAUGCAGUGAGGAGGGGCACGUGGGACAGCACAGCAAGGGCGUGUCUUCUUCCCUCUUUAACACUAGCCUCUAUACCCUAUUCCCCCCCAACCUUCCCCAUCCAUUCGCCCCCCCAGGUGCUGGCAGCAAUACCGCUGGAUGCAGCGAGGAGGGGCGCGUGGGGCAGCAAGGGGGACUGGGGGAAGUGGCUGGCUGCAGGGCAGGGGGAGGAGGGGAAGGGAGAAUCAUCCAUUUCCCCCUCCCUCCGCACGCAAGCAUUUGACGCUGAUUGCCCGUGCUCUCUCUCGUGGCUCUCCCCCCUUUCUUUCCCACAGGCGUUGGCAGCAAUAGCACUGGAUGCAGCGUUGGCAGCAAUAGCACUGGAUGCAGUGAGGAGGGGCGCAUGGGGGAGCAAGGGGGACUGGGGGAACAGACAGCCGUGGGUGCUGGUGGCGGGGUUUGUGGCAUCGCUGGAAGAUGCCGGGAACUUCCGGGUGAAGAAGUUGCUACAGCAGCACAGAGCGUUGCAGCAGCAGAGGGAGGAGAGGGAAGCAAAGAGGUCGUUUGCAGAGGAUCGGAUGAGGGAGAGCAACAAGAAGAUCAUGAGCGCAGAGGGAGGAGAGGACACAGUCACAGAGCGCAGAGGGAGGAGAGGACACAGUCACAGAGCGCAGAGGGAGGAGAGGACACAGUCACAGAGCGCAGAGGGAGGAGAGGACACAGUCACAGAGCGCAGAGGGAGGAGAGGACACAGUCACAGAGCGCAGAGGGAGGAGAGGACACAGUCACAGAGCGCAGAGGGAGGAGAGGACACAGUCACAGAGCGCAGAGGGAGGAGAGGACACAGUCACAGAGCGCAGAGGGAGGAGAGGACACAGUCACAGAGCGCAGAGGGAGGAGAGGACACAGUCACAGAGCGCAGAGGGAGGAGAGGACACAGUCACAGAGCGCAGAGGGAGGAGAGGACACAGUCACAGAGCGCAGAGGGAGGAGAGGACACAGUCACAGAGCGCAGAGGGAGGAGAGGACACAGUCACAGAGCGCAGAGGGAGGAGAGGACACAGUCACAGAGCGCAGAGGGAGGAGAGGACACAGUCACAGAGCGCAGAGGGAGGAGAGGACACAGUCACAGAGCGCAGAGGGAGGAGAGGACACAGUCACAGAGCGCAGAGGGAGGAGAGGACACAGUCACAGAGCGCAGAGGGAGGAGAGGACACAGUCACAGAGCGCAGAGGGAGGAGAGGACACAGUCACAGAGCGCAGAGGGAGGAGAGGACACAGUCACAGAGCGCAGAGGGAGGAGAGGACACAGUCACAGAGCGCAGAGGGAGGAGAGGACACAGUCACAGAGCGCAGAGGGAGGAGAGGACACAGUCACAGAGCGCAGAGGGAGGAGAGGACACAGUCACAGAGCGCAGAGGGAGGAGAGGACACAGUCACAGAGCGCAGAGGGAGGAGAGGACACAGUCACAGAGCGCAGAGGGAGGAGAGGACACAGUCACAGAGCGCAGAGGGAGGAGAGGACACAGUCACAGAGCGCAGAGGGAGGAGAGGGAGUUGAAGAGGGAGUUGAAGAGGAUGGGAUGAAGGAGAGGAACAAAAAGAUCAUGUGGCUGCUUCGCUGCACGCGCGCCCACUGCCGCUACAAGAAGGCGUUCACAUUCCCAUCAUUCAUGGAGGGUUGGGUCUGCACUGAUCAAAAUGCAGAGAGCAAGGUGGAGAAGGAAGAGGAUGAGAAGGCAGAUAGAGGGAAGGAAGCAGAGGGAGGGAAGGAGAAGAGGAAGGGGAAGGAGAAGGGGAAGGAGAAGGGGAAGGAGAAGGGGAAGGCGAAGGAGGGGAGGGAGAAGCUGAGGCUGGUGGGGAUGGACUGUGAGAUGUGUGAGACGUGGGAUGAUGAAGAAUCCAUGGAGCUCACACGGGUCUCUGUGGUGGACGACAAGGGCAAGACGUGGGACGAUGAAGAGCCCAUGAAGCUGACACGCGUCUCUGUGGUGGACGGCGACAAGGGCAAGGUGCUGUUGGAUCGGCUGGUGAAGCCACAGAGGGAAGUGAAGUCGUAUGUGACUGAGAUCACCGGCCUAAAGGAGGAGAAUUUCAAGACGGUCCAAUACACGUGGGAGGACGCACAGUCACUGGAUGAGAUCACCGGGCUGAAGGACGAGGAUUUCAAGAAGGUCAGGGACACAUUGGAGGACGCACAGCGUGACGUGGCGGCACUGCUGACACCCAACACAGUGCUGGUGGGGCACCACGUGUCUGGUGACAUGGAUGUGCUGAAGAUAGACCAUCCAUUGGUCAUCGACACAUCGCUGCUCUUCCGCUACUCAUCAAAGGACUCCAAUAUGUCUACCGUUCAGCUACCCCUGGCUCUCGUUGCUCUGGUGAGUGCACCUCACUCACUGCAUGGCAUUGCACUGGCACAGCAUGGCCUUGGGUUGGUCAUCGACACAUCACUGCUCUUCCGCUACUCAUCAAUGGACUCCAACAUGUCCACCGUUCAGCUACCCCUGGCUCUCGUUGCUCUGGUGAGUCGUGCGCGCAUAACAUUGCAUUGGCACUGCAUGGGAUUGGGUAGUCAGUUCCUCCCCCAGCCGUCUCUCUUCCGCUACUCAUCAAUGGACUCCAACAUGUCCACCGUUCAGCUACCCCUGGCUCUCGUUGCUCUGGUGAGUCGUGCGCGCAUAACAUUGCAUUGGCACUGCAUGGGAUUGGGUAGUCAGUUCCUCCCCCAGCCGUCUCUCUUCCGCUACUCAUCAAUGGACUCCAACAUGUCCACCGUUCAGCUACCCCUGGCUCUCGUUGCUCUGGUGAGUCGUGCGCGCAUAACAUUGCAUUGGCACUGCAUGGGAUUGGGUAGUCAGUUCCUCCCCCAGCCGUCUCUCUUCCGCUACUCAUCAAUGGACUCCAACAUGUCCACCGUUCAGCUACCCCUGGCUCUCGUUGCUCUGGUGAGUCGUGCGCGCAUAACAUUGCAUUGGCACUGCAUGGGAUUGGGUAGUCAGUUCCUCCCCCAGCCGUCUCUCUUCCGCUACUCAUCAAUGGACUCCAACAUGUCCACCGUUCAGCUACCCCUGGCUCUCGUUGCUCUGGUGAGUCGUGCGCGCAUAACAUUGCAUUGGCACUGCAUGGGAUUGGGUAGUCAGUUCCUCCCCCAGCCGUCUCUCUUCCGCUACUCUUCAAUGGAUUCCAACAUGUCUACCGUUCAGCUACCCCUGGCCCUCGUUGCUCUGGUGAGUCGUGCGCGCAUAACAUUGCAUUGCCACUGCAUGGGAUUGGGUAGUCAUUUCCUCCCCCAGCCGUCUCUCUUCCGCUACUCAUCAAUGGAUUCCAACAUGUCUACUGUUCAGCUACCCCUGGCUCUCGUUGCUCUGCGUGACAUGGGCUACAAGAUGCGGCAGGGCGACACGUCCCACCACGACAGUGUGGAGGACUCACUGGUUCCCGUCCGACUGGUUCAGAAGGCUGUUGCCUCUGACGCUCUCCUCCCCACGCCCAUCCAGCCGCUCUCCGCCAUUGUAAGUCCCACCCACCUGUGUCAAUCACACCACGACAGUGUGGAAGACUCCUUGAUUCCCGUUCGGCUGGUCCAGACGGCCGUCGGCACUUCUGCACUGCUCCCCACGCCCAUCCAGCCGCUCUCCGCCAUUGUCAAGUCCCAACCACCACCUCACACUCUAUCAAUGCAUAUCGAACAUAAGCCUGAGAGAGGCCCAACCGCUGUGCUAUCCGAUUUCCCACCCGGGCACGGCUGUGCUAUCGAUCGAGUCCUAUCAGCCUUCCAAGUUGGAAACUAUCUGAUGAGGGAACUGACCGUUGACAGCCUGCCACGUGGCACUACUCCAGAGAUGAUCCUUGCCUUGCUGGCGCAUUACGAGAGGAGGAGGAUGGAAGCGAAGAGAGGGGAGGAGGAAGAGAAGGGGACAAGCGAGGGGCAGGAGGGGCCGGAGGAGGGGGAAGGGAAGGGAAAGAAGGGGAAGAAAGGGAAGAUGGUCAAGAAGGGGAAAAAGGGGGAGAGAGAGGGGGAGGGGAAGAAAAAAGGGGACGAGGAAGGGGAGAAAGAAAAGGAGAAUGAGGAGGAGGAUGAGACAAGAAUCUGGGUUCCGGGGCAGCAGAAGGAUGAGGAUGACAUGAUGCCAUGGGUUACGAAACCUCGACCCAGCGGCAGAGGUGAUGGUUGCUUCGCUCGUGUGCACUACCCCUUCCCUUCGUCCGCUCUCGCUCUCUUCCACUCUCUUCCAGGGGAGAUUGAAGCGGACCCCUGGGGGCGGUGGAAAAAGAAGAUUCCAGUACCAGAGCACCUGCAGAAGCACAUCUAUUAUAUCGAAUACCCCAGAGGCGCAGGUGGUAACAGCGGUAUCCCUGUCUACCGGCCUGCGACAGAGGUGGUGGUGGCGUGUGGCGGCGAUGGUAACCGCAUGAUCCACGGGGUUGGGGCGAAGAUGCUCAGAGCCAUGGGGGAUCAACUGACACUUGUGUGUGAGGAUGCUGAUGAUGUAUGGGAUGUGCUAGUAGGGAGGGAAGAGAAGGAUGGGGAGGAGGAGGAGGAGGAGGAGGAGGAGGAGGAGGUGAAGCAGCUGGAGGCAGGGCAGGAGGAGAGGCAGUUGGAGCAGACGCGGGUGAGAGAUGAGAUUAUGGCGAAGGCGAGAGCGGACAUGAAGGCCAAGUGGAAGCAGAUGCUUGCUAUGGAUGAGACCGACGAGUGCUUAGUUGAGAGUCUUUUAAGAAGCAGUUAUUAUGAUGCGGUGGCUGCAGUGGAGAGGGCGAGAGGGGAGGGUGGGGGAGGGAAGGAAGGGGAGGUGGAGGUGCAGGUUGGAGAGGAGGGGAUGGAGCGGGCGAUUAGAGAGCUGAUCUUGCGGCUGCAGAGGAAACAGGAGCUUCUGCAACAGCAGCAGCAGCAGCAGCAGCAGCAGCGGCGGCAGCAGCAGGGAAAGUUGGCUCAAGGGCAGGUUGAUGGAAGGAUGCGUGAUGGUGCUGAUUUGGGGGAGUUGAGAAGGAGGCUAGCGCAUAGGGAGAUGGAGGUUGAGGUUUUGCAGAGGAUGGUUAUGUUCCUGGGGCAUAGACUGUGGGGAGAGGAGGGGGAGGAGGAGGAGGGAGAGGAGGGAGAAGAUGAGAUGGAGUAUGAGUUAGAGGAGGAUUUUGAGAGAGAGGAGGGAGGAGUGGGGGUGGGGAAUGGGUUGGAGAUUGAGGGGGUGGGGGAGGAGAUGGAGGGGGUGGGGGAGGGGGAGGAGGAGGAGGAGGAGGAGGAGGAGGAGGAGGAGGAGGAGGAGGAGGAGGAGGAGGAGGAGGAGGAGGAGGAGGAGGAGGAGGAGGAGGAGGAGGAGGAGGAGGAGGAGGAGGAGGAAGAGGAGGAAGAGGAGGAAGAGGAGGAAGAGGAGGAAGAGGAAGAAGAGGAGGAGGAAGAGGAGGACGAAGAGGAGGAAGAAGAGGAAGACGAGGAGGGUGAGGAGCAGGAGGAAGGGGAGGAAGAGGAGGAAUAA